AUGGACGACCUCACCACAGAGCUUACCGAGCGCUUCGAGCGCUACUGCGACAUGAAGGGGGAUCAGUUCCCCUCUGACGUCCUCGCUGAAUUACAAUCGAUGUCGCGGUUAUACUCCAUCUCACCCGAGGAACUGGACUUCAAAUGGCAGGCAUACAACAUGAAGAUGGGUGGAGAAGAGAACAAGAUGGAUGUGAAGACAGCACGGGACUUCAAGAAAACCAUACAAGAUGCAUUGGAACGCGAAAGCAGAGGGAAGGCACAGCAAAGAAAUGAACCCAAGCGGGGUCAGCCAACACCAAGAGCGAAGGGUGGGGACAUGUAUGACAUGCUAGAGGGACUCGUACCAGGCACACCACAUCGGCCCGCACCCAGUGGCGCCAAUGGAAGUACAGUAAAGCGCAAAGCCAAUUUCAACACACCAGGAGGAAAGGCCACCAAGGCACAUGAGAUGAGUACUCCUGGUGGUGGCAUGACACCAAAAGCUGAAACUCCAGGUGGACCUGUCUUUGACUUUGCUUCCCGUACCAAUGCGAACGACAUCACCGAGCAGUUUGUGCAAGGCGACAUUUCUAUUCCAGAACCACCAUCGGAAGAACCGAAGGAACCCCGCAUCAAACUCAAGGCCAACACAGACAUGUCCAAGUUCUCAUAUCGCACCAUGGCCAUGAAGCUGUCGGAAGCGUCUGAGGUCUUGGAUGAUAGGAUCGACGAAUUCCGUGAUCUUCUCAGGGACACUGCAGGUCUGGACGAAAGUGCAUUCGGAAACCCAAACUACCCAUCUCCGAGCGAGAUUAUCGCAGUAGGAAGGAUAGCAAAUGAUACGAGCGAAGGCAGGCUCAAUACAGCUUCAAUUGUACUCGAAGGCUCCCGGAGACAUGGCUCAGGGCGUCGUGUACCGCUGAACGUGGAGGGGCUAUCGUCAUACGAUUUCUUUCCCGGUCAGAUUGUUGCUCUGCGUGGCACCAACGCUUCAGGAGACUCGUUUGUAGUGUCUGAAGUCCUCCCCCUUCCACUUCUGAACCCACCAGCCACGAAACCCGAAGAGCUAGAUGUCAUCAACGCGCGAUACCUCGAUACCCCAGAUUCUGAUCCUGACAACGUCCGACCUCUGACCAUCAUGAUUGCUUCUGGCCCCUACACUACUGAUCAGAACCUCGACUUUGCGCCAUUGCAUACCUUUCUUGACAAUGCUGCCGAAGCAUAUGCAGAUGCCAUCAUCCUGGUGGGCCCAUUCCUCGAUGCUGAGCAUCCUCAAAUUCGGUCAGGAGACUUUGAUGUACCACCAAACGCAAGCCCAGACCAGGCCACCAUGACGGAUCUGUUCAGAUACCAUGUCUCCAGCGCUAUUCAGAACUUCAACAAACGUGUACCAACCUGCCAGGUUCUGCUGGUUCCUAGCUUACGAGAUGCACAUCACCACCAUGCUGCAUUUCCCCAAGACAAGUUCAUCAAGAAGGAGCUCGGCCUGGGUGCUGCAGGAAAGAUGGUUCAAUGUGUCACCAACCCAAUGACUGUCAGUAUGAAUGAGAUGACCGUGGGUAUGUCCUCGAUCGAUAUCCUAGAUAUGCUGCGUAGAGAAGAGCUAGCAGGCGGCAAGGCACGAACCACCAACAUCUACGAACGAUGCGCCCGCAACGUUAUCGAGCAGCGAAGUUUUCUGCCUCUGUUCCCGCCAACUGGAAGGGAGAAGCAGCAAUUCAUGCCAGCACCAAUUGAGCAGAAGGCCAUGAAGAGUAAUGCAGCGAACGGUGAGCAGAAAGAGGGCGAAGAACCAGAAUUGGACCAAGCACCGAGCCCAUUCCUUCCUCUGGGCACCAUGCUCGAUACAAGCUAUCUUAAGCUGGGUGAGAUGCUGAAUGUACGACCUGACAUACUCAUCACGCCUAGUGUGCUUCAAGGCACAGUCAAGGUUGUGGAGUCGGUACUUGUCAUCAAUCCUGGCACCUUGGCUAAACGCCGUGCGGCAGGAACAUAUGCGCGCGUUAUUGUUCAGCCUGCUGUUGUCAGUGAAUCAGAAAGGGAGAAAGGCAAGCGCACAGAUAUAAAGGAAACGCACGAGCGUCCUAGUCGACCAAAGCAGAAUUCGCUCGUCCCCAGCACUUCGAGUCACAGUGCUCAAUACCUCGCUGCAUCACGACGACAUAUACACGACUCAGCCGGCGGCCUCAAAGAGUACGACCCCGAAUUCUCGAUGGCGCCUAAGCGUAAGUCUACAGAAGCCACCGCCGAGUUGGAUAGUCCAGUGAAGAAGACGAGGUCUACAAAAAAAGAAGUCUACUCUUCUCAGCAAAAGGCUGCGAUUCAGCAAUUCAUCAGCUUCACUAAUCUCGACCGGAACACCGCGAUAAGGGCGCUGAAGAGCCAUGGCUGGGAUGCGCAGAAUGCCGUGAACGCUUACUACAGCGGCAACAGCGGCGGCGGUGCGCAAGCUUCAUCCGCAGCAAAGGCAAACCUGACCAAGCUCUUCGAUCGGUACCAAGAGGCUGGCGCACCCGACAAGGAUAUUGUUGGCGUAGAGGGUACCAUGCGGUACUUCGAGGAAACGGGCGUCGAUGCCGAAGGCCUAGAGGCGUUGGCUGCUCUUGAGAUUGUGCAGGCGCCUACUAUGGGCGAAAUGAGCCGCGAUGGCUUCGUCAAGGGUUGGUCAGAACGCAGUUGCGAUGCCGUCGACAAGCAGAAGGCGUACCUGAAAAAUGUCAAGAGCGAGCUGUCUGACAACAAAGAGCUCUUUACACGCAUCUACAAAUACACAUUCACCAUUGCCAAACCCACAGAUCAGAGAGCUGUUCCACUCGAGAUGGCCGCCGUAUAUUGGGAGUUGCUCUUCAGCUCACCCCUGUCGGCAGUCAAGUGGUCGAGCCCCAAUACGCCAUGGUUGAGCUGGUGGAUCGAGUUUCUCAACACAUCGUGGAAGAAGAGCGUCAACAAGGACAUGUGGAACGAGACGCUCAAGUUUGCACAGCUCUCACUAGCCGAUGAGUCGAUGAGCUUCUGGAACGAGGAGUCUUCAUGGCCUUCCGUCAUCGACGACUUUGUCGAGUUUGUCAAGAAGGACAAGCGCGGUGGGCCACGGCAUAAGCGAGCUGCACUAGCGUCUUCCACUGUGGUGCGGCGCCUUCGCAAAAUCCAUCCAACGCCAACUUUUGACGACACCCCACGACAACUAACCACACAGCAGUCAAAGUGCGUAUACCUCGAGGAAUGCUGCUGUAGCUCUACUGACCGCAGCCAGAUGGUCGCCGCUAAGAAGCAUGUCCCGAUCGUGAAGAAGCACCGCAAGCGGUUCAACCGCCACCAGUCGGACCGCUUCAUGUGCGUUGACCCCUCAUGGCGCAAGCCUAAGGGUAUCGACAACCGCGUCCGCAGGCGGUUCAAGGGCCAGGCUGCUAUGCCCAAGAUCGGAUACGGCUCCAACAGGAAGACCCGCCACAUGAUGCCCUCCGGCCACAAGGCUUUCGUUGUCAACAACGUCGCCGAUGUUGACCUUCUCCUCAUGCACAACGCCACUUUCGCCGCAGAGAUCGCCCACGCUGUAUCAGCACGAAAGCGCAUCGAAAUCAUUGCCAGGGCGAAGCAGAUCGGUGUCAAGGUUACCAACGGCAAGGCCCGCGUUAAGACCGAGUCGUAG